AUGGCACGUAUUACAGUAGAAGAUUGUCUCGAAAGAGUCGAAAACAGAUUUCAACUCGUUCUAAUCGCGACGAAACGAGCGCGGCAACUCGCCGGUGGCGCUGCACCGCUGGUUGACAGAGACAAUGACAAGAAUACCGUAAUUGCAUUACGUGAGAUUGCUGAGGGACAUAUUACUGCCAGCAUUCUCGACGAAGAUGAUGAUCCUAUCAUGUCAAUACCUUUUGAAUUUCAAUCUGGCGAUCUAGGACUGACGAGAGAAGAAGAACUUCAAGCAGCGAAUGCAGAAAACCAACCCGCGGAACAAGUCGUCGAGCAGUAG